CUGUUUUGUUAAAAAUCCUCUUAGAAGUCGCGUCAUGUGACCCCUCUGAGGGCUGCAGGAUGUGUAUGGAGACUUAUGGUCAUUCACAAGCUGGAUGGAGUCAAUCUGAGUGCUGCCUGACAAGACCUCCGUCUGACCAGACUCGCCAAACAUGCCCCUCCACAAUGGCAUCGUAAAAGAGGCCUGGACACGAGACAGGAUUCAGGAAGAUGAAGAUUCGGAUUCUUCCCUGCAGCAGCAGCAGGUUCAGAAGCCAAAAAAGAAAAGAGAAGAGGCCAACGUCACAACAGAUGCCAAGUCGAAUGGAACUGAAGCCAAGCCCAAAAAAACAAAGACCAAGAAAAAUGAGGAUGCUUCAGAAGAGGACAGUCCAGCCAUCCAAAAUGGAAAGAAGGUGAAGAAAAAGAAACCAGAAAAAGACAAGGACGAACCCGAAAAGGACAAAGUAAAAGAGAAAGAACCAAAAAAGAAAGCUAAAAGUGUACCAAAAAAAAAGAAAGGUUCAGGCACAGAUGACGAUGAUAAUGAUGAGGAGGACACCCCCAAGAAGAAAACUAAGAAAAAGACGACAAAGGACAGCUCUCCAUCAGCAAGUUCCACCAAAGACAAGAAACCUAAAUCAAAAGAGGACAAAGAUUCCGAUGGAAAAGAAAAGAAGUCCAAGUCGAAGGACAAGGAGAAGAAGAAGGAGCCAGCUUCGAUGUUUCAGAUAAACGGAGAAAAAGAAACAAAAAGCAAGAAGAAAGCUGCCAAAUCGGACAGUGACGACAGCGAAGAAGAGACAAAGUCGACCAAAUCGAAGAAGAAAUCCAGUGCUGGGUCCACGUCCAUUUUUCAAACAGCAGGAGACAAGGACAAAGAUAAGGACAAGGACAAAAACAAGAAGACAAAGAAGAAAGCAAAGGCAGAGGACAGUGAUGAAUCUGACUCAGAGAAAGAAGAAAAAUCAAAGAAGAAGAAGGGCAAAGGGAAGAAGAAAAAGGAGAGAUCUCCAUCACCUGAGAUCGAGUUUGACGACCUGGAGACUUUUGUGAUGCAGCCGGCUCCGCAGAGCGUGACCAUCAAAUGCAGAGUGACUCGAGACCAGAGAGGGAUGGACAAGAGCCUCUACCCUCUGUACUACCUUCAUCUAGACAAUGAAAAAAAGACAUUCCUGUUGGCCGGCAGGAAAAGAAAGAAAUGCGCAACUUCAAAUUACCUCAUUUCCAUCGACACCACAGAUUUAUCAAGAGGUGGAGAGAAUUUUGUUGGAAAGCUGAGGUCAAAUUUAAUGGGGACUAAGUUCACCGUAUUCGACAACGCUCUGAAUCCAGAGAGAGCUCUUCCAGACAUGUCUAACGCACGGCAGGAGUUAGCAGGAAUCAUCUAUGAAACAAAUGUUUUAGGUAUGAAAGGACCCAGAAGGAUGUCGGUCAUCAUUCCAGGAAUGAACAAGGACAAUGAGCGAGUACCGCUCCGGCCAAGAAACGAAUUUGACGGCCUGUUGAUAAGACACCAGAAUAGAAGGAUGGAAAAUCUGAUCGAGCUUCACAACAAGACGCCAGUGUGGAACGAAGAAACAUCGUCUCAUGUGCUCAACUUCAACGGCCGCGUCACCCAGGCCUCCAUCAAGAACUUCCAGAUAGUCCACAGCAAAGACUUGGACUACAUUGUGAUGCAGUUCGGACGGAUAGCCGAUGAUAUUUUCACACUGGACUUCAGCUACCCGAUGUGCGCUUUGCAGGCCUUUGCCAUUGCGCUCUCCAGCUUCGACGGGAAAAUUGCCUGUGAAUAACAGAGAGAUUCCUAGUAGCUCACACACACACAGACACACACACUGAAACCACUGUGCAACACGCCCACACUGACACCAGACCAAACCCAUGUCUGUGGACGUUGCCGUCAACACUUCCUGUGAUUGGCACUGAUAACGAAUAAUGGUUCCUUGAAUGUGGCUGCUGUGGUGCCGUCACAUUUUUUGGGCGUAUGAUUUCCAACAGGAGGAAGAAAAAAAAUUGGGUUUCAGAUUAUCGUCCCAUCUUGACACUGGAGAGUCCUGUUUUUUGUGUCGCAGUAAAAAACGAAUCACACAACGUCGUACACUAUUUGAAAAGACUCAAGUGACUGGAAGGUUUUUAUUUUUUAUUUUUUAAGGGGUAAUGCUGCACCUCGUUGGUGAAGGUGUUCAAAGAUUACUAACACUAUUUGUUGUGUUGUUUUGAAUUGUACUGGGCUUUAUUUAAAAUAUCAACAGGUCAAACAUGCCUUGAGUCAAAUGCAAACAAACUGCAAAAUAAUGUUUUGCACUGAGUAAUUAUACUUCAUGAAAUAUUAACAAUCUGCACAAGUGACAAAAGUAAGAUUUUAUUUAUUUGAAGCUACACAACAGACCGUCCAUAGUUUAGUGACUUAAUCAGUUCCAGGUAUCAGGUAUUAUUGAAGUAACAUA